AUGCACCUUCUUUCCAUGAACAUCAACGGUUGCUGUCAUACCAACCACACGAUCAUCAAUCAUUCGAGGUGGUUUCAUUAUCUGGAAGUGCUGAGAGCCCCGGCUCUUGCGCUUCAACGACCUCGAAGACCGAGUGUGAUCGAACAAGCUCUCCAGCCACUUCGGUUACCCCCAACACUUCGUUCAACAGCGCCUCUCCGGAAGCUCUCUGAAUACCUCCAUGUGUACGAACUGAAGUAG